AUGAACAACCAAUAUUUUGACGUGAAAACACCGGAUAACAUAUCAGAAGCUGAUUUGAGUUCCUCUGAUAAGAAACGAUAUAGAAUCACCCGUGCUUGUGAUUAUUGUCGAAAAAAGAAAGUAAAGUGCUAUUUCACACCUGGACAAGCUUGCACCAAUUGUGUGUCAUAUGGAAUUACAUGUGAAUUCAAUGAUGGAGCCAAAAAACGUGGACCACCAAAAGGAUAUAUUGAUGCAUUAGAAAAACGUAUUCGAAAAAUCGAAGAAUCAUUGCAAAAUCCUCCACAGUCAAGCGCAACGAGUAGCAUGCAACCACCCGCUCCACCACCACCGACGACGCAGCCACAGCAUGAUCGUAUGCAUCAAUCGCCUUCACCAGCACCGUCGAGACAUGAUUCAGUCCAUUCCAUGAACACAGCAAGUGGUAGUAAGCGACCUCAAGGUGCGUCGUCGGAUAGAGUGCAAUACCUGGGAGACAUGUCGAGUUUUCAGUUCUUUUCAAACAAGAUACACUUGGAUGACGACAAUACAAAGUGGAAGGGACAUCAUAUACGGAAGUUUGGCAAGCAAGUUGUCUUGGUAGAAGAUGGCAAAGACGAGCAGGAACAUGCCCCUGAGAUUCCACAAUAUCAGUUGUUACCACAAGUCAAACCGAUUCACUAUUGGAUCUAUUCAGUCACUGGCGUCGAUAGACAUACAAGCGAUCGUUUGCUCAAAAUCUAUUUCGCCAACAUCCACCCCGUAUUACCGGUAGUCAACAAAACUCGAUUCCUGCAGCAAUACCGAGACCAAGCAGACACAUACCCGCCCGCUGAUUUACUGAAUGCCAUGUUUGGUGCUGCUGCCAGAUUUGUAGAAUGCGAGGCGCUGAUACAGAAAUCCAAGUCAAAUCGGCCACCCGAUGUUGUAUGGGAUGUCCCACUGGGUUGGUCUGAUCAGUUCUUUGAUCAAGCACAAACCAUCAUCACUACGUCUGCUGCAACUCCCACCAUCUCCAAAGUGCAGGCCAUUAUCCUAAUCCAUAAUCACAGCGGUAAUUUAGACUCAAAAUCAUCUGCUUGCUGGUUACUAGGUGGGCUGGCUAUCCGAUUAGCUCAAGGUCUUGGCCUGAACCGAGAUUGCGAAGAAUGGGAUAUUCCAGAGAGCGAAAAGCAGACGAGAAAGAGAAUAUGGUGGUCUCUGUAUGUGGCAGAUCGUUUUCAUUCCGCUUCAUUAGGCAGACCCAUCAGUAUCAGAGACGAAGAUAACGACGUUGGCUAUCCAGAUGCAACUGCCACUUGGAAAGAGGUGUUGGAUGAGCCAGACGACAACCUAGCGACAUUGGAUCCCUCUACCGAAGCGCGAUUUCCCUCAGCCAUGUGUAGACCAAAACAGCAGCAAUCCAAUGCCAAAGUGGGCAUUUAUCAGCUAUUCAUUGAGCUUAUCAAAUUGUCUGAAAUUUUGGGUCGCAUUCUUCAAGGACUAUACACGCCAAAAGCUAAAAAAGUUGGUUUGGAGCAAGGAAGCGAUGCUAUUGUCACUCAAUUGGAUCAUCAACUCACUGAGUGGCGCUUCGGAUUUCCCGAAGCAUUGCAGAAAGCAGAUUUUGAGGAUUUUGAUGAGAGCAGAGGUUACUUGGCGCCUGUCACAGCAUCUGUAUUGCUGUGCUACUUUAGUUUGCUGAUUCUUCUCCAUCGUCCCUUCAUUGAAGCUGUUGCCAAUGGAAAGAAAGCAAGACCCUCUUAUUCAUCGUUCAGGAUUGGCACCAGUGCAGCCACACGAGGCAUCCGCAUUGCUUCUCAAAUGACUGUGCGUGAUUUUUUGAUGUUUCCUUACUCUUUCAGUCUGUAUCCAGUGCUUCAAUGCUGUCUGAUCCACAUGUACAACACAAAGAACCCGGACGCACGACUGUCAGCACCUGCCAAAGCUGAUCUGGCCAAAGGCAUUGCACUCAUUUCUCGACUAAGGUCCAUGUCAAGCACAGCCCAACGACUGUAUCGAUUACUAAAGACAAUUAUGAACAAUAAGGAAAUUGAAGUCGCUGUGCCACCGUCUGAUUCUGAAGACUCUGUGCGUUCCAGAGACAAUAGUGUGGAUAGCACGACUGUUCCCACUCGUUUGUCUGACGUAGGUCGAGGCACGCCCAAGCGAAGUACUGGACAUGCGCACCAACAGAUGCAAACUGUGCUGCCACCACCACCAGGCAGAACGACGCCUGUGAUGGCACACUCACCACAAGAGCAGCAUUACCCCAUUCGACAAUUUCAGCCAUCUCUGUCUGAGGUGAUUGUCCCUCCUACCAUGGACGGCUCAUUAUCUCAAUCCUCAGCUCCCUCUCCUACAUCCAUGUCAGAAGCAUUCAGUCUAAAGCAGUUUGGAUUCAACAAUACGCUUGGAGACCCAAAUCAACUCGACUACACAAUGCAAGAUGUAUCUGCAUUUUCCAAGAUGGAAACCCUACCCCCUAUGCCCAUGUACAACAACAACCCACAUCAAGAUACUCUAUAUCAACAAGCACCUGUUCAUACAUCACCGCAACUCCUCUCAUUUGUACCUAAUACUACCACAUCUAUUCCACCACCGCCACCACCGGUCAUCCCUACUACCUCAAUGCCUCCUCCUCCUCCUCCUCCUCCUGCUGCUGCUGCUGCUGCUGCUGCUGCUGCUACACAUCCUUUGUUAGAUAGUAACAAUGAAGGGCUAUUUAGAAACAAGCCAAAUAAUCCCUUUUUCGGUAUACCCACUUCAAUGGACUGGACCGAAUGGAAUGAGUGGAGCCAAAGCAAUCAAGGAAACACCACUUGGCAACCACUUGCUUAA